GGUGAUAAAGUAUAAUUUACUGUUCGCUUUUGGUAAUAGUCAUUAACUCUUACUAAAUGCGGAAAACAGAAAAUUUGUUCAUUUUUAUUCAUUUUAAGCAAAAAACAAACAUCGAGAAAAUGGACUCUCUUUUUCAUUUUUUUCCCCACUGUCCGACAAGCAAGGGGAGCAAAAUACAAAGAUUUAUAUUCGUCAGUUUUAUUUCAUAAACGCCCCAACUUAAAUGAAAGGGUGACCCGGAAGUAACGCUAAACCGUCAAAAUAAAAGAGAGAAACGCGUUCGAGCUGUACCGUCAGCACAACAGGCCACUUUGAGAAAUACUCUGCUGCCCAAGCUUCUAAAAAAGCUAAAUCUAGCUCGUUAAUAAAGUGAGAUUAUUUUAGUUAAAGUGGUAUUAAUAAACAUUUUGGAAACUGUUACACCUACUACAUAUUUUCUAUUCAAAUCGAGAACGUCCAUACAGUCACCAGCAGUACCAUGACAUGGUCAUGACUGCAUUAUUGUAUGGUGGUGAGUUUGGCUGCCCGAUGGUUCCAUGGCUCUACUGGUGGUCAGUAUGGCAGUUUUCCUGGAUGCCAUGAAGAUCUGCUGGAGUUUGAGCUCUUUUUUUGUAGUUAUGAAAACCAUUUCAUUGAACAAAGCAAAGAUGAGGGUUUCGACCAGUCAGCUACAGCAGCUCACUAUCUUUACCACAGUGCUGACUGGUGGAGGGGUUGGCACCAUGUACUAUCUACUUCAGAAUCUCCUGUUGUCCUACCUGAAUUCUUCCCCAUGUUCCUCAUCUGUCUCUGAAAAAUUUGCUGAGUCAGGCUACCACAAAUUGGCUUUGCAGAAGCUGGAAUCGUGUCCAUUUGCCAUGGAGAGCUUGGGGGCUCCUCCUUUAAAAGUUCAUAACAUCCAUCUGACUGACAGAAACAACCGUAUAGCUCAGCACACUGCACAGAUAAAGAUCCCUGUAACUGGGUCAAAAACUGGGGGUUAUUUGUAUACUUCUUCAUUUAGAGACCCCGAUACCAACAGUUGGAGUCUGAAGCAGGCAGUUCUGAAGCUCAGGGAAGGACAGACCAUCGACCUGCUGAAUUCUUCACCAGUCGCAUCACAAACCCAAGUAGCAGAGAAUACGCAGGGUGUAGAGACAGGGGACUGGCAUAAAUAAGUAGUCAUGCUCAAACAGGUCCUGUAAAUAUAUCAUAAUGCAGACAUGUUCUUAAACCCACUCUUGUUUCUAUGUGUUUAGUCAUUGCUGUUUUAGUAAAUACCUCGUCUGAAGUUAUGACAUCUGUGAAAACUAUAAUGUGCCCAAGGUCCUGACACGUGAGACCUUGCCAAUAAAAAUCACUUUGGUGUUGAACAUAAA